UCAUAUGCAACUAUCGCUGUACUGUAAUGCCAAGUAUCGAUACUCAGAUAUUAUCGUCGUGGUCAGACCAACGCUCUAGCGUCGGUCCGCGGAAAAUAGCAAAAAUCACAAUUAUCCGGGAAGAUAUAUUGGUCGAAAACUAACUCGUGGUCCCCUAAUAAAUAUGCGCAAGCGAAAAUUGUACAUAAACUGAUCGAAUGCAGCCAGCGUGCGAAGCACUAAUAGCGAAAAACGCCAGAAACAGAAACAAGGAAUUGCAGCUGCAGUCUCGUCGUGCGCCCAUUCCAAUCCCAUUAGACCCCACCCGGCGUUGGAGUGGCAGCCUAACAUGGAUAUAGAAGUCAAGCAUAGAGAUUAGCCGAAUCCUUUGAAUUUUAAAUUCAAGAUCCUAAUUUAAAUUAGCCAAGUAGCAUAGCCUAGCCAAUAGCCCCUAACCAGAGGAACGGUUCCAAGCCGCAAGCACUCGCGUUCAUAGUCCCGAAAUUCAACCGAAUCCCAAGGGCACUAGCAAGAAAAUCCGCAGAAGCACAACAAGAAGCAACAUCAUCAUGACGACCGACACCCGCCGACGCGUUAAGUUGUACGCGCUGAAUGCGGAACGCCAAUGGGAUGAUCGUGGCACUGGCCACGUGUCAUCCACCUAUGUGGAAAGACUUAAAGGGAUCUCGCUUUUGGUGCGUGCCGAAUCCGAUGGAUCUCUGCUUUUGGAGAGCAAGAUACAACCGGACACCGCUUACCAGAAGCAACAGGAUACCCUGAUCGUGUGGUCCGAGGGCGAUAACUUUGAUCUGGCCCUGAGUUUCCAGGAAAAGGCGGGCUGCGACGAAAUAUGGGAAAAGAUAUGUCAGGUGCAAGGCAAGGAUCCUUCUGUAGAAAUUACUCAAGACAUCGUCGAAGAGUCUGAGGAUGAGAGGUUUGAGGACAUGUCGGACACUGCGCCACCCAUUGAGCUGCCACCCUGCGAGCUUUCCCGGCUGGAGGACAUUUCGGAGACGAUACAAAGCUGUCUCUCCACGCCACUGCGCAAGGAGAAGUUAUCGAUGGCCCUGGAGUCGGAGAGCUAUAUCAAAAAGCUGCUGAACUUGUUCCACGUGUGCGAGGACCUGGACAACACCGAGGGCCUGCAUCACCUCUUUGAGAUCUUCAAGAACAUUUUCUUGCUAAAUAAGAACGCGCUCUUUGAGAUUAUGUUUGCGGAUGAUACCAUCUUUGAUGUGGUCGGAUGCCUGGAGUACGAUCCGAGUGUGUCUCAGCCCAAGAAGCAUCGCCAGUAUCUGAAGCAGUUAGCCAAGUUUCGGGAGGCAGUGCCGAUUAAGAACCUGGACCUGCUGGCUAAGAUCCACCAGACGUUUCGGGUGCAGUACAUCCAGGACAUCAUCCUGCCCACACCGUCGGUCUUUGUCGAAGACAACAUGCUGAACACUCUGUCCAGCUUCAUCUUCUUUAACAAAGUGGAGAUUGUCACGAUGAUCCAGGACGACGAGCGGUAUCUAUUGGAUGUGUUUGCGGUUCUCACAGAUCCCACCACCGGAGACGCGAAACGCCGCGACACAGUCCUCUUUCUGAAGGAGUUCUGCAACUAUGCCCAGAACCUGCAGCCGCAGAGCAAGGACUCGUUCUACAAAACUCUCACCUGCCUAGGCAUCCUGCAGGCGCUGGAACUCACUCUCGUGAUGAACGACAAGAAGACCAAAUCGGCCUCUAUCGACAUCCUCACGGCCAUCGUAGAGUUCUCGCCGCUGGUAGUGCGCAAUUACACGCUCAACCAGGCCAAUCGGCCAGAAGUGGAGCGUAUGCUACUAAACAUUGCCAUCGAACAAAUGCUGAACGACUCGGAGCCGGAGCUUGGCAUUGCAGUGCAGUUAAUGGGUAUCGUCAAGAUUCUGUUGGAGCCGGAGAAUAUGCUCACCGAGAAGGGCGAUUUUCUCAACUUCUUUUACAAAUACAGUGUCCAAACGUUAGUGGCCCCGCUGAUGCUUAACACGAUGGGCGAUCGUCCACAAAACGAGGACUAUCAGACGGCCCAGCUGCUGGGAAUCGUCCUGGACAUUCUCUCGUUCUGCGUGGAACACCAUAGUUAUCACAUCAAAAACUUUUUAUUGCAAAAGGAUCUCCUCAAGCGAAUUCUGGUGCUAAUGAAGAGCACACAUACGUUCCUUGUCCUCGGCGCUCUGCGAUUACUGCGCAAGAUAAUUGCCCUUAAAGAUGAGUUUUACAAUAGACACAUUGUCAAGUGCAAUCUGUUUGCGCCGGUGGUAGAUGCCUUCAUUCGCAACAACGGUCGCUACAACCUGCUGGAGUCAGCCAUUCUGGAGCUGUUUGAGUUUAUAAAACUCGAGGAUAUCCGCACUCUGUGCGUUUACUUCGUGGAGAACUUCAGCAAGAUAUUUGAUGAAAUCGAAUACGUGCAGACAUUUAAGUACUUGAAGAAUCGCUACGAUCAGUACCAGGAUCGGCUUAAGGAUCGCGACAAGAUGGAAAACCGAACCGACGGCGGUGGCCGGUUUCGUCGGGAUCAGCGGCAAAUGGAGGAGGAAGAGGAAAUGUGGUUCAACGAGGAGGACGAUUUCACUGAGGAAAUCGACACAUACAACAAUGUCAUGAAAUCCGUCAGCGAAAAGAAUGGCCCGCAAACGCAAAGCCAGCAAAAAUCCUCUCCGCCACACAGCACGUCACCGCACAGUGGAUUGUUGGGGAGCUUGAGCACCACCGCGUCAUCUACUGCCACAUCCGCCGCGUCAGGUGCACCGGUGGCCAGCGGCAGCAGUAGCCCCGAGGCGAUCUCUGCCGACGAGCAGACGCAGGCGGCUGUGCAUUUGGCUGCCGCUGCCAAUAUUGCGCUUCAGCACCACCAGCAGCAGCAACAACAACAGCAGCAGCAGAACCCAUUCCAGCAACAGACACAGCCCGAGAUCGCGGAGCUACAACAACAGCUGAGCAGCGUGGAAACGUCUCAGAGCCAGGAGUUGGAGCUGUCACAAUCGACCGCCGCCAGUGCAUCGCCCACUUCGUCAUCCUCCUCUCUGGAGGCCUCGACGUCAUCAUCAUCGGCGUCAUCGUCUUCAUCCUCGUCGUCCUCGUCCUCGCCGCCCGGCUCAUCGGCCGCAGCAUCACUUUGCGAUUCGGCGACAGUGGCCGCCGUGGCAGCAUCAAAGUUUCUCUCAACGAUCGCCACGGCCAUGGUAACCUCUGUGACGACGGUGGCGGGAACAAACAGUUCGCCGAGCCUAUCGCCAGCUCCGGCUGUCUCCAGUCCGGAUAUCGAGAACGCCGACGCCCAGUUGCCGCCCAGCGAUGACGCUAGCAGCCCGGUCAGUGGAGAUCAAGAUGCUAACGGCACGGAAGGUGCUAGCAGCGAGGUCGACAAGGCGACGGCCAAAAAGGGUCUGGUGGACUACGAGAGUGAUUCUGGCGAAGAUGACUACGAGGAGGACGAGUACUCCGAGGGGCCACAAGCACAAAAGCGCGCGCGUCUGGCAUAGUUGGCAGAUGAUGAGCACAGCGGCAUCAAUUAUAAAUUAGUACACACAUAAAAAAACAGAACAAACCACGGCAAACAAGAAACAACACACAGACCCCCACACACCAACGAAUGUUAGGAUUGCAUUGGCGGCAACGACAUACAGCACAGCAGACAAGCAGAUAACCGUACGAUGUAAGAUCGAACAAGAAAACAUAAAUUUUAAUUUUAGCAUAAAAUUUAUUUUAAAGGAGAAGCAAAAACACCUAAAGUAAACGAGAAAUUAUAAAUCUUACUUUACUAAAUUAAAUAACUACAUAUAGAUAUAUAUAUUCAAAUAUAUAUGCAUAUGAAAAUACAGAUAACUACAACUGAUCAGCAUCCACAGGCAGAGAUGUAAUUUAGUGCGUGUUGUUCGAAAGUUGACAAAGCAUAAACGAAACAAACCAAAAUAAAAUGUAUUUAGUAGUUAAACCACCCCCUCGAUACUGAGAAAAAAUCAGCAGCAAUGGAGGAGGUGCGGUCAGGUGGUGUGGGACAUUUGUAUACAGCCAGCAAAUCCAUUUGCAUUGUCUAUCGUGAUCAUUGAGAUCAGUUAACAGAUCCUGUGAAGUUGGCUGCUGGCCCAGAAUGUUUGUGCAAUACUGGCGUGUCGAUAUUUAAAUAACAAUUGCAAAGGGUGUAUUAGUUCUAAUGCUUAGUGUUAACCAUUUUUACGAUCCUUACCCAUGAAAACGAUUCCCUGCCAAUUGCACUAUCAAUUGCAUUAUCACUCGAUACAGCGCUGUUUUCAACUGACAAUUUGAGUAAACAAUUCUUAUCGCAGAACCCCUUAUGAAAGUUACAAUAGAAAGCAGCGCUGUAGCAGCGUUAGUAACGUAAAUAGAAGUUAUACAUUUUAAAUUUAAACUAUUCCCACAGCAG